GAGAGAGAGAGAGCGUCUGAAUUUCAACGAGUAGUUGAUUUCUGUAAACUAUGUGCUGUGCGCAGCAGAGUUUCGAUGCUUGAUAUUCGUGCUUGCCAACAGAAAUAUACUAACUCGUACAAUAGUUGUUAUUUCUGGCCACCGAGUUUCCCUUUUAAGUGUAGGCGAGAGACAGGGGGCGGUCGAGGGCUGAUGUGCUUGUGUGAGGAUGUGUUCUAGUGUCAGUUGGCUUCUGUGACAAUCGGAAUAGGAUUUGGGUGCUUUUGGAGACAACAUGGUGGGCAGGCAAUAACAUUUGACAGAAGAUGCGACGGGGGCCAUGUCUCUUCAGAUGGCUGGGGAUAAGCAUGGCGCUCCUCUCUCUGACCACCUACAGCUGGGCCCAGAAAACCGAAGACUGGCAGUAUGAGGAAUGUAAACUGUCUCGGUCAGGCCCCCCUGCUACCAUAGUGACCAUCGAUGAAGAGAGCCCCAAUGGCACAGUUCUGGUGGAGAAUAUGCAGAUCAACGGGAGAGCAGAGGACCCAGACAGGACCAUCUCUCUGAUCCUGCUUGACAACUAUGCCUACUGGGUCAUCCUGGAUCCCCUCAGACAGAGACUGUUCCUCAACAGCACCGGACGUGUCCUGGACAGAGAUCCCCCUUCCUCUAUCACUACAAUCGUGGUGAAGGUCCAGUGCACCAGUGAGCUGGUUGGGACAGUGAUUCUUCACGAGGUCCGGAUUGUAGUCAGGGACAAAAACGACAACACACCUCGCUUUCAGCAGCCACGCUACUAUGUGGCCGUCAACGAGCUCACUCCUGCCGGGACCACCAUAUUCACAGGCUUCAGUGGAGAAAAUGGGGCCACAGACAUCGAUGACGGGCCCAACGGACAGAUAGAAUAUGGCAUCCAGUACAACCCCAAUGACCCAGUGUCUAAUACAACUGUGGUUGUAGGGAAUACUCUCUCUGGAAACAUUGUUCUGGCUGAGAGACUAAACUACGAAGAGAAAACACGCUACCUGGUCAUUGUUAAAGCCAAUGACCGUGCCCCGUACGAUGCCAAUAGGCGGACCGCUACAACCACAUUGACAAUAGACGUUCUGGAUGGAGAUGACCUGGGCCCCAUGUUCCUGCCCUGUGUCCUGGUCAACAACACCCACGACUGCAACCCAGUCACCUACCGAGUCACCAUACCAGAAUUCACCAAACCGAGUGAACUGAACCCACUGGGGGUGACCCCACCUAUUCAAGCUGUGGACAUGGACAGGAACAUUCAGCCCCCGUCUAAAAGGCCAGGGAUCCAUUACUACAUACUGGUUGGCCAGCCCUCAAAGUACCCAGACUACUUCUCCCUGAACAAGACGACCGCAGAGCUCCUCCUCUUGAAACCAGUCAGCAGAGACCUGUACACCAAAUUUACCCUCAUCAUCAAAGCUGAGCAGGACAAUGGCCACCCACUCCCAGCAUACGCUGAACUGAUCAUUGAUGUCCUGGAUGAGAACAACCAGGCUCCGUACUUCCAGUUCCAGUCCUACCAGGGAUACGUCAGUGAGUCCUCCCCAGUAGGCACCACCAUCUCUGCCGGCUCCAACCUCACUGCCCCCUUGGGCAUAAUCGCCCUGGACAAAGACAUUGAAGAGAGCAAAGACCCUCUGGUGACAGUGACUCUGGAUGACUUCAGCACCAGCUUUGCCAUAACCCCGACCGGUAUCACCCGCUACCUCCGACUGCUCAAACCUGUGGACAGAGAGAAGCAGAUGACCUACACCUUCACGAUGAUGGCAUCAGAUGGGGUACAGGAGAGCACGCGGGUGACUGUCAACAUCCUGGUGAUUGACGCCAAUGACAACACUCCCACCUUUGGUGAAGUCUCCUACAGCGUUAAGGUGUUCACUGACAUGCAGCAAGGAGAAACAGUACUACAGCUGAUGGCAUUGGAUGCUGAUGAGGGGUUAAACGGUCUGGUGACCUAUGAAAUCCUUGCCGGAGCGCAGGGUGUUUUCAUCAUCAAUAACCGAACUGGACGAAUCACCAUCGCACCCGGGAUAGCCCUUAGCGUGGGCCUUUCUUACGCCCUCACAGUGAAGGCUGCGGACAAUGCACCAGAGAUCCAGAGAAGGAGCUCUAUCACCACGGUGUACAUCGAGGUGCUGCCCCCCAACAACCAGAGCCCCCCACGCUUCCCCCUCUUCAUCUACAACCUGGAGGUCAGCGAGGCCAUGAGGAUAGGAGCCAUCCUGCUCAACCUACAGGCCACAGACAGAGAGAAUGACCCAAUCACAUACCAGAUUUUGAGUGGGGAUACCCAGCAAGUCUUCAACCUCUCUAAAACGAUAGGCCUGCUGCUUUUGGGGAAGCCUCUGGACAGGGAGACAACUGACCAGUACCGUCUCAUCGUCACUGCCUCUGAUGGCAACCCAGGCGGGACCUCCACCACCACAGUGAACAUAGUGGUGACUGAUGUAAAUGAUAACGACCCUAAGUUUGACCUGACUCUGCCCAGGAACCUCACUGUCCAGGAGGAGAAGGCCAACGUGUUUGUGGGUCAAGUCACGGCCACAGAUCCAGAUGCAGGGGCUAAUGGUCUGGUGCGCUACAAGAUAGUCAACCACCCAGGUCUUUUCACCAUCACUGAGAACGGCAGCAUAUCCACCGUGGUGCCUCUGGACCGAGAGGUCAGGAGUCAGUAUGACCUCAUAGUGGAGGCCUCAGACGGAGCGGUGGACCCCCGCAGGACCACCUUCACCCUCUCUGUCCAGGUGACAGACAUCGAUGACAACAGCCCAGAGUUUUCCCAGAAGACCUACGUGGUCAAUGUUCCAGAGAACAGCCCUGUGGGUACCGUGGUCCUGCGCCUCAGUGCGGUGGAUGCAGACCUGUUCUCUAACAUAACAUACCGUAUCAAAUCUGCGGAGGCCAGGAAGCUUUUCUCAGUGAACCCGAUCUCGGGCGAGCUGUUGGUCCUGCAGACGCUGGACUUUGAGGACCUGGCUAGUAUGGGCAUGGGGACCAACUAUACCUUCCAGGUGGAGGCCGUGGACCAGGCAGGGACAAUGCCCCCCGGCGAGGCCACAGUCACUGUUCGGAUCACGGAUAUGAAUGACUUCUCCCCGGUGUUUAGCCAAGCGCUGUACAAGGGCCUGGUGGCCCCCAACGCAGAGAAGGGAACGGUCAUCGCCACUGUGUUCGCUGAGGACCAAGACCCUCCUGGUACUCCAGCCAGUCUGGUGCGUUACAGAGUGGACGAGGACCAAUCACCUUACAGCGGUAGCAUCUUUGACGUGGAGAAGGGAUCUGGGAGGGUCAUCACCAGGGUCAACCUCAACGAACAGCCCAGCGUCACCUUCAAGUUGGUGGUGAUAGCGUUUGACGAUGGAGAGCCAGUGAAGGAGAACCGAACCCUGGUGGAGAUCACUGUCCUCCAGCCCUCCAGGAUCCCCAUCUUCACUCAGGAGGAGUACAGGUUUGCUCCUGUCAGUGAGCUGGCCCCAGUAGGCAGACCAGUGGGCAGCAUCCUGGCAGCCGCCAUCAACCAGACAAUCUUCUACUCCAUCGUGGGAGGAAACGAACGCGGUGAGUUCCAAGUGAGUAACCGGACAGGUGUGAUCUCCACGGCUAAGCCUCUGGAUUAUGAGACUGUCACCAGCUACGUGCUCAGGGUUCAGGCUGACUCCAUGGUCGUGGUCAUGGCCCAACUGCGGGUUCCCUCUAAAUCCAACACAGCCAAGGUGUUUAUCGAGGUGCGGGAUGAGAACGACCACCCGCCUGUCUUCACCAGAAAGCUCUACAUCGGUGGCGUGGCUGAAGACGCCAAGACCUUCUCGUCUGUGCUGAAGAUAGUGGCCACUGAUGCAGAUACAGGGAACUACAGUGCCAAUGCGUACCGGCUGAUCAUCCCGCCCACGACAGAUGGUCAGGACAGCUUUGUGAUCGAGCAGUACACGGGCAUCAUCAAGACGGCUAUCAUGUACCGCAACAUGCGCAGGUCCUACUUCAAGUUUGCAGUCAUCGCCACCGACAACUACGGAGAGGGCCUGAGCAGCAGCGCUGAUGUGGUGGUGUCUGUGGUCAACCAGCUGGAUAUGCAGGUGGUGGUGUCCAAUGUCCCGCCCACUGUCGUGGAGGAGAAUAAAGAGCAGCUUAUUGCUAUUCUGGAGCGAUACAUCCAGGACCAGAUCCCAGGAGCUAAGGUGGUGGUGGAAUCCAUUGGGCCGCGGCGGUUCGGAGAUGGCUUUGACCAGGAGGAUUACACCAAGUCAGACCUGAUGGUGUACGCCAUCGACCCACUGACCAACAGGGCCAUCUCACGUCAGGAGCUCUUUAAGUUUCUGGACGGGAAGCUGCUGGAUAUCAACAAGGAGUUCCAGCCGUUCCUGGGUCAAGGAGGACGCAUCCUGGAGAUCCGUACGCCCGACAUCGUGGCCAGCGUGAAGAAGGCUGCCCAGGCUGUGGGCUACACAGAGGGGGCGUUGCUCGCCCUCGCCAUCAUCAUCAUCCUCUGCUGCAUCCCCGCCAUCCUCAUCAUCAUGGUCACCUACAAACAAUUCAAAGAGAGACAGGCGGAAUGUGCCAAGACUGCGAGGAUUCAGCAGGCUCUGCCAGCGAGCAAGGCUGCUGCUCCACGUGCCCCAACAGCCAAUAUCUACGGGGAACUAGGGGACAGCAGCACACCUAAGGCUAAAAGGUUUGAGAUCGAUGAAGGCGACCGCCAGAGACGCCUUAGCAGCUUCGCCUGUCGUGCCAACUCCUCCUGUGGCAACGGGUCGCUGCACAGCAUCCUGCCCAAGUCAGAGAGCAACGUCACCUUUCUGUCAGACCACCACCCCCUGACCACCACUAACCCUCUCUACGACGAAGAAGAAGACGGGAACUUCAGCAGCCCCUACGGGACAGCGAAAAGGGGCUCUUUCUCCCCCUCCCUCUCUGGAGGGUCCGGGAACGUCUGGACCAUGCGGACUCGUCUCCGUGGAGGGUCAGAGGGGUACGAGUCGCUGAAGAGACAGGCUCUGAUGGACCCGGCCCAGUGGGAGCUGCAGCUGCUCCAAGCUGGGAUGAAGGGUCAAGGAAGCCUGGAGGGUUAUGAUGUCCAGAGCAGCCGCAGCACAGAGGAGAGCAAGCUGUCUGUCAGGGAGCAGGCCAGGCAGUAUGAACAGCAGGCCAUGCAGGAGAGGACCCCUAGGGGAGGACGUGACUCCAGGGGCUCCCUGACCUCCCCUCCUUUACUGCGGAACCAAGACAACAUUGACAUGCUGGAGUUAAGCGCAGAGACCCUGUUCUCCAUUAUGGACAGCCCCUACAGCCCCAUGUCCAUAGGGAAGGAUGUUCCUCCCCGCAUCAUCAUCACCCAGGGCGAAAGCUCUCCGCCCCUGGCCCAGAGGCCCACCCUGCCUGUCCUCAGGACCAGCAUCUCCAGCUACAUCACUGCGGAGCCCUGCGAGAUCACUGUGGAGAUCAUUCCUGACCCACCUGAGAAUCCGCCACCUCCCCCUCCUUCUCCUCAUUCUCCUCCACCUCCUUCCCCUCAUUCUCCUCCACCUCCUCCUCCUUCUCAAACACCUCAUUCUGGUCCUCCUCCUCCUCCUGCCUCAUCUCCUCCUCCUCCUCCCUCCUCAUCUCCUCCCCCUGCACCCUUCAAUCCUCACUUCAUUGAGCCUGAUCAUUCCCCCCCACCCUCCUUCCCUCCAUCUCCCCCUCCUGCUCGGAAUCAUGCUCCUCCGCCACCACCCCCACCCCCACCCCUCCCGCCCCCUUUCUCCCCCACUUUCGAACGACCCCGCCACACCGUUCAGUUUGUCCCAACCUCCCUGCCGCCAUUGUCCUCGCUCCGCCCUAUUUCCUCCCGGGCCCAUCCCCCUCCUCCUCACCCCCAACCCGAGGACGGUGUGAAGAGGAAGGAGCUAAAGGGGAUUCUGAAAAACCUGCAGAACCUCGCUGACAUUGAGAAGUCUGUUGCCAACCUCUACAGUCAAGUAGACAAGAAUCGCAAGGUGGCGCGAUUCGGCAAGAAACCCCAAGCAACCGAGGGACCAGAAGGAAUUCGGAGACAAAACAGAUCUGGGUCCCAUGAGGAACCAAACCAGCCAAACCUGACCAGCACGGAACAUGUGGUCCAACCAAACUCAACCACAAACACUAACUCCUCUGAUCUGGAAACAAGCCAACCAGGCACUAACAAUGUAACCUCAGAGGUCCAGGAGCCAAGCCAAUCAAACCAGUCAAAUACUGACUCUGUGAUUGAGGAACUAAGCAAUCACUUUCCAUCCCAAUCCACCCCCUUCUGACUGGCUGACUACUCUCCUCCUUAGCUCUAUUUCCUAAAUCAUUUUCUUUCUUUCUACAUCUUUAUGUCUCAUGUCAUGAUCAUGCUGUGUAUUGGAUAUUUUCUGUCUGAUGUUAUUGUAAGUGUUGUCAUCAACAACAUAGUUUCUUCCCCUAACAAACCUUUAUAAUGUUAUCAGAACUAACAGCAAGUGGGCCCUUAGAUCCCGUAGCUUUUCAGAACCUCUUAAACUGAGGAUUCUUUUAAAAAAUAUUGUCAUGUUCCUUAGUUCAUAACCCUUUGGCCUUUUCUAUGUCACCAAACAUCCUCUGUCUUCACCCCCUGUUCUACCACACAGAUUCCAUUAAAGUGUUCAAGGCUUGAGAAUUAUGUUGAACUGAACCUGCAUACAACUUGCUCCUUGUAUGUUGUACUCCCAUCCAAUUCCGGAAGAUGGAGAGUCUAUUAUUUUCAAUGUUUUUAUUGACAGACAGAUUAGAUAUAGAGAUACGUAAGUGAAGAGGCUAAUUAGGUAAAGAGAUGGGAUAUGGAAGACAGCACACAGGAAUUUAAUCUAGAUCUAUCCCACCGGGCACAGAUGUCAAUUCAACGUCUAUUCUAUUUCAUGGAAAUGACGUGGAAACAAUGUUGAUUCAACCAGUGUGUGCCCAAUGGGAUGUGAGUAUGUGCAUAGAGCCUGGAUGACUCAUCCACACAAACAAACUUAUUCUAAACCCACUCUCACAUUGUGAGCCUAAUGGACUUGAAUUCCCCAUGAGUACCCUGGUGAAUGGAGAGCCCUUAUUCUUCACAGAGGACAGUGCAUUUGAUCAGAAUAUCCAUACAAUCUAUACAAGACAAUACUAUGGGUUAAUGGUGCGGUCUAAUUGACUUAUUUCAAAACAAUGCAAGAGCAUUCUAUUUGUUCAUGAUUUGCAGAAAAAUUGUACAUUUCCGGAACAACAUUGCAUUUGAAUUUCCAAAGUGCUCUGCAGGAAUAGUGUGUCAGUUCAGAUGUUUCUCUAGAUGUUUGACGUUGGGAAGUGGUAGUUGAAGCUGUGGGCUCAUUAGUAGGCUGAUUAUGUUGUGGAUGGUCUAUACAGAUCCUCACAGCAUGAUAAACUAGUAGCUGUUGCUGUCUGAAGGCUCCCUGAAAGCGGCUAAUUAGUCAACCAAUCAAUCCCUCAACCACUGGCGCUGUUGUCCUGACCUGUCACCCUCCCCUCUUAACUCCAUCACACACACUCUCUCUUCUUUCUUCUGUCUAACACUCUUUCUUGCCCUCUAUCUUUUUAUUCUCUCUUUCUCGCUUCAUUUCUCUACCUAACCCCUUCUUGUUAUUCCUUUCAUUUACCCCUUAUCAUUUUCAUGUGACUCUGACAGACUUCCAUCGGCAUCAAUCUUCUCAAGGCUCCUGUAGCUCUUUCUGUCUUUUCUCCCUCUGCCACUCCCAUGUUUGUCUCUCGUCCCUCCUCUCUCGUCUCCUUUCAAGAGCAGUUCAAUUUGUUUAAUCAGACAUUCCCCUGGUGUUCCAGGAUAGAUCAAAUUUGGACUAAUUGUGUAUUCUGUGUUCACCACAUGGGGUAAUCUCCUCUAUCGAAAAGGCCCACAACUCACGAACUAUACUGAACAAAAAAAUAUAAAUGCAAGGCACAACAAUUUCAAAGAUUUUAUUGAGUUACGGUUCAUUUGAGGAAUCAGUCAAUUGAAAUAAAUGAAUUAGGUCCUAAUCUAUUGAUUUCACGACUAGGAAUACAGAUAUGCAUCUGUUGGUCACAGAUACCUUAAAAGAAAUGGGCCUCACAAUGGACCUCAGGAUCUCGUCACUGUAUUUCUGUGCAUUCAAAUUUCCAUUGAUAAAAUGCAAUUGUGUUUGUUGUCCAUAGCUAAUGCCUGCCCAUACCAUAACCCCACCAGUAUGUAACAGUUCUGGGAUCUUUUAUUUCAGCUCAUGAAACAUAGGACCAACACUUUACAUGUUGCAUCUAUAUUUUUGUUCGGUGUAUUUUCUGGUUCAGGUGCUCUUUUUCUUCGUCCCUAACAUCUGUCAUUUCUAACAGAUGAGCUUAUUUUAUUUUUUUGUUCGUUCCUUUGAUGGCAAUUAUUGUGUCACUUCCUCUUUGGUUUUACAAUUUAUUUUCUUCAUUUUUCAUCCAGUGCCUUGAUAAAGUUAAUGAGGAGAGUCUGUUCACUACCACCACACAGUAGGCUUUUUAAACAUAUCACAUCACCUUCAUCAAAAGUAUUAUUAGUUUAGAAAACUCAAUCAUUUAAACAUAAUAAUUUAAACAUGUGUGUGUGGUCUAACUCAUAAUUAUGUCUGGGUAUGGUCAAAAAUAGUAUAUCAUAGGGGAAAUGUCUGCAUCCUAAAACGAUCCUUUACCUCUCUGCAUCAUAAACCAUUAGCUCCCAGUGAAUUAAUGGCCUCUAAGAUAGGAAGAAACUCCCUCCUCUUGGUUACAUCCGGGUACAUGAGUAUUUAACUGUCCAUUAGUUAUAUGAAGUGGACAUCUCUGGAUGUGCAUCCCCCCUACUCCUCCCUGCCUACAGUAUCUGUCCUAUGGGCCAUUUGUUUUGGUGUUUCCUAAAGACUUCACCAGCCCAAUAGACCAUUCAUCAGCCCUACUCCCACCUAGCCAGUCCCAUACAGGGAGGUGUGGUCGUACAGCAGGGAUCAGCAACUUUUCAUAUGCACACCUCCCCGUGUGCAUAUUUUGGAUAUGCACUAUGUCUGAGACAGUUAUGUUUUUUUUCUGGGGGAAAUCUCUGUGAUGCUUUGUUAACUGUUGGCUAGUGUGAGGUGCAUUUGAGUAAAUCAUCAAGAAUGCUUUCAAAAAAGGGUGCAAUACUGCUUUCCAAUACAGACGCUCUAAUUCUUGACAAUUAGGCCAGGAUUCGAUCAGAUCAGCGUAACCCGCAUUAGUUGACAAACACAGAUUUAUAUUGCUUUUGUUCAGGCAGUGUCGGAGGUGUAACUGCUUUUGAGCUGUCUAAUUGGUAGGCGGCUGUGCUCGUAGUCUUUAUCACGAAACCACAUCCUUAUAUCCACCCACAUUAGAAGUUCAGAACAAGCAGGUGUAUAUAGAAAUAGAGUGCCAUUUUAGAAAUAUAAUGGCACUGAAAUGUAAAAUCAUUGAAGGAAAUAAUAGGGAUCUAUAUUAGCCUAAUUGAGGUGUAGAUAACAUCACACAUUCCAGCCUUCAAAUUUGUAAUCCAGCUGCAUCGGAUUUCUACUAAUGUGACUCUCUGCAUCCAAUGGAAAUGUCCGUGAUAGGAAACACCAAGAGCCUAUUGUGGAUUUGACAGCACUAACGCAGUUAGCCUAAACCUCCGUCACUGCCUAAACAAAAUAAAUAAAAAGCUAUGAAAAAACUUUGUCGGCUAAUGCAGGUUACCACGCUAAUGAUUGAAUCCUGGUCUAAAUGAAUCUGUUAUGAGUUAUAUGGUGUGACGUCCACAAAGCUAACCACAGUCAAAGGAUGUUUGAACUUUUUACAAUAACAAAUCCAUUUGAUUUUUUUUUUUACAUACAUUUAUAUUUUACUAACAAAUGCGUUCGAGAGACGAUAGUGUGCCAUAAAAUGAUUUUCCCAGUUUCUAUUGGGAAGGUAAUUGCUUCGAUAUGUCAUCUUAAGUGUAGGGUUUGUUGUUAUUUCCUAUUUCUUUCUCCCCCACCUUUUUAUGGAUCCAACUUUUCUUUUUAUCUGCCAAUCAUUGUUAUAAUGGAAGAAAGAACAUAACAAAUAGAUAACAAAAAUGUUUCUGCAUUAUUUUUUAAAUGAAAAUUGAACCAUUGGCUUGACACAGGAAAUUGCACAGUAAGUAGCAUUGAAAUCACUUAACUGGUCAGCAGAAUAUAUGCUCUUAUAUCAAUGCACUUAGAAUGUUGAUGUCACAUUGUACUCAUUAUUUGCACGAUUUCUUUCCUCCUUAUUUCCAUG